AUGGAUUUCCUUCCAGAAAACAUUCAAACAUUUCUCCAACACCCAACAGUUUCAUUUCUUCGCACCACAACUCAGAGCCAGGUAACAACACAGCUUGCCAACCUGCGCUCAGCCUAUGUCCAGCCCUACAUCAUUGAACCGCUUUCGACUUUCCUCACCUCCACAAGCACUGCCGCAAUGCCCGACCUUAUCUCCGUGUUCUUGCUAGUGGUCAUCUUGUUUAUUUCGCUCAAGAUCCUCGACUAUGCGCGCCGCCUUGUCAUGUUUUGGGUGAUGCUGGCUUUCCGAUUAGUCUUCUGGGGUUCUCUGGUUGGGCUUGGCUUCUACGUGUAUCAGGUGGGCGUGGAAAAUGCCGGAAGGGAUCUCGGUUGGCUGUGGGGCGUUGCAAUGGGCUUUGUGGAGGAUUUCCAGAAGAGUGGGAGUGCUGCUGGGGGCUGGGUGCCUGGGUCAGGCUCAGAAUCGGGGAAACGAGGAACUCGUGGGGGCUGGAGGUAA